UUUGGUUCCUUGUCGGGCCGUGCUCGGGAUAACAAGGAGCAGCGACACGGAGACUGUGCACAACGCGGCGGAGCAAUGUCCGGGCAGGAGACGACACCGAGCUCGAAAGCAGCGGCGGCGCCGGCGACCAUCCGCCUCGUCAACUUCAUCUCCGAGGACCAGCUCGAUGAGGUGAAGCGGACGCGAGGGGAGCGGGUGGAGGACGGCACCGCGCAGCGGGACAAACCCCUCUUCCAGAUCCUACAGGAGAACAAGGAGAAGAAGGAUGCGGAGUUCAACGAGCGCUUCAAACACAGACCUCCAAAAGCUUUGGAUGAGGACGAGACAGAGUUUCUUGAAAAAUUGGCAUCGUCAAGGAGGGAAUAUGAACAGCAGGUGGCCAAUGAAGAAGCGGAACAACUGCGCAGUUUCCAUGAGGCUGUGGCUGCCCGAUCCAAUAUUGUCCAUGAACUUGAGACUCCUACAGUCUCUAGACCAGAGGAGAGCAGGCCUAAGCCACCUACGAAGAGGAGCCAGCCUGCGCUCCUGAAAAAUGUAAUAAUUUCUGUGAAGCCGCAAGCCAAGAAAGCAAAGGUUGAUGCGGAAGCUAAGCCUGCACCCGAGGAGCAGCAGCCUUCAAAUGGUCACGACGCGGACCAAAAGCCACCAUCGGAUGCCACCAAGGCCACGCUGGGCUCUCUGGUGGCUUACGAUGAUGACGAAAGUGGCGACGACCAAGAUUGACAGCGUUUGUCUAGAAAUCAGGUAUGGAUACCGCAAGCUCAUAGGAAGAGGAGAUGCAAUGGACGUGUGGAGCUGCAGCAGCCUGUGAGGUUUGCUCGACCAGAGGCCAAAUGGGCUUCUCAGGUUGUCCCUAUUCACAGGAAGGAUCUGCUGAAAUUUUCUUGUACGAAGGUUGCAGACAGUUUGAUUUGGAUAUGUGCUGACUAAUGAAUUCUGUAGCAUAGGAUCACUGUUUUUGUAAAACGAACUUUGUAGCAAGUAGUUGCAUUUAUUUGGUCAGCCAGCAUUUUCUCCAUGGAUUGGUGAUUAAUUAGGUUAAGCUAACUAAUUCAGUGGUUGAGUAGAUAAACUAGAUCAGAACACGUAUUGGAACAUGUAGCAAGAAGAAAAAAGAAAGAUGUAUUUUUUUGGCACCUC